AUGCGUGAUUUACGCCAUCCAGUUGCUGUAGUGGUCACAGACCCCUACAUGCAAGGCUGCGGCGUUACGUACGAAUCAGAUGAGAUGUUCAAACCUGAGACACCCAAGCGCUACGACGCUCACGAAAAGCCCAACAUCGGUUGCAAAAUAGAUAUUCAUGCUGCCAAGGAAGCGGCAUUCUACUGCCCAGCACCGUACGUCCUGGACCCACCUGACUGCUUCUACCAAGUUUACGUGGUCGCUGAAGUGAAGAACGUAAUCGAUAUAGCCCUGUUACUGAUUGCAUUAGCAUUCCAACACUUCGUUGCGGUGCGGAUUAACGGCCAACUCGUAAGAGGUGAUGAGAUGCUGCACCAGACGCCGCCGUUGGAGUGCCGCUGCGUCACCAUCAAGGGCAUCGUCCUAUCCACCAUCCAGAUUGGGAACUACUGCUCCAAGUAA